AUGCUGAAACGUUGCGGUGAACGGGAUGAUUCGAAUGGCGAGGAGUGUCCGGCGAAACGACGGGAAUUUGAGCCGACGCUGAAUGGACACCGGAUCGCGCCCAGCGUUAGCGGAAUCAACUUUCGAGUCCUCCCAAUCCUGCCAGCUGAAUUGACGACCUUUGAGGUGCCGCUCGUGCAAUUCUACGUCGUCCACGUGCUUCAAUUGCAAACGAUUGGCCAGUUGAUCAAAACGCUACCCGACAUUCCCGACGAGUUUCGCCAUUUGAAAAGGAUCAAAAAAGGGGAUGAUGCUCGUGUGCCCCGUUCAUUG